AUGUUUAUACCCAGCUUGUCUCAUUACUUUCGUUAGUGACUUCAAAAGAACAUGUUGACUAGAAUCGUAUUAUUAACUGUUUUCUUCAUAAACUGCAGAUCAGAAAUGACUGCAGCUGGUAUAGAUAGAUAUGUCAGUGAAGGUGUACAAAGUAUUGGCUACCAUGUAGUCUACGGUGAUGAAGAUCUCGCGGUGAUUAACGAAGUUGUGAGUACUGAUGAUAAAAUGAAUGCUCUCAAGAGUAAAAUAGAUUUGAACGAGGCUAUGCCACCAUUACCUGCUGCAGAUGUUAAAUGCUUGAUGUCGGUUGACAAAUAUUGUUCAAAGCCAAUGCGAGAAACGAAAAAUAUCCUUAUAUCCGCAUUGAAAGAUGAGUGUGCGAAAUGCACAGCAGAACAAAGAGAAAGUGCGGGAAAGGUGGUCGCGUCGAUGAUGGCACAUGAUCCAGUUGCUUGGAAAAUGUUCCUCACAAGAUCUACUUUACAGAUUCUACCACCAAAAACACCACCAAAACAAGAAAGACAUAGAUAUAGGAAGAUAGGAGAAGAAAAAAUUAUAGAAAACAGCAGAAACAGAUACAGCCUGCCUGGAGUAAAAAUUAGAGUGAAGAGAUACGUGGUAGAGAAAAUUAAUUGAAUAAAGUUGUUUAUGCGAUAGUCUCUGUUUCAGUAACCUCUGUGGAAAAUGUUAAUAAAAUAAAAUAUUCUCAUUAUCGUUA